CCCAAAUUGUAGCUUUGCCUCUCAGAGACGGGACGGACAGUCGAAGGGUGAAGCGACGCGUUCGAGCGGCGAAGGUUGUUCUGCGCGUAAACGGCCUCUGGCUGAGCUCGUCCAGAAAGAACCGAGGAGGAUAUUUCAUGUGUAUUGUUGCGUCGGGUCAGUAAAUAUCUGAGCGCGCACGGACGUCGCUGUCCAGAUCCUCACCGCGGAGCGCAAGGAGAAGUGGAACCGGGGAUUGCUUACUCUCCGGGGACUUGUGCUUGAAACCGCUCCCAGGAGCUCUGCCGGGACUAAACAAAUGUUUCAUCGACUGAAAUGAACAUGUGGUCAGUAUUAUAACCAAUGCUGUAGCUGAAGAACCUAUCCGGACUCAAUCCAUAUGCGGUGUUGAAGAAAAGCGAAGAGUCGAGACGUUUUCUUUUUCUGUCAUUUGUUUUUUUUUUUCGUUUUUUCCUGAAGUUCCAGAGACGAGCGAGCGUUUGAUUGUGACAGCCUGACGCAGACUCAGCGGACUGACUUUCCCGGGAGGUUAACCUCUGAAGAACAACGUGUUUAUGGAUUGCUGCGCAGCGAGGAACACCGGGAGUUGUAGGCUACGCUCUUAUGCGUCGAUCAUGUUGAUACCUCGCUGUUUCUGUAAACUUUGAUAGAUGUUUACAGGAAGAAUUUAGUCAUAUUAAAGAGAAUUACGCUCAACUAAGCUCACACUGACCUCUGGGGAAAGUGGGAAGUGCCCUUUCGCCCUCCCUCAUUCUUUUUUCCCUCCCAAGACGUCAGGACGGAUCUUUAUCACGCAGUCUGACUCUCCUUCUGUGAUUUAAACAAAGACCAAGUGUUUGGGGGAUAGCAUGGCAAUGGUAGUAAACCAGUGGCCAGAGAACAUUUCUGCAGAUCCGGGGUCUCAGCUCCAGAUGUGCGGCCAGGAACCCGGCGGGGCACCGGGGACGCCCAACGGUUCCACCCCGGGGAACGACGCGCUUUCCGGAGACAAGAUCCCCAACGUGGACUGCAUGGUGUGUGGAGACAAGUCCAGUGGGAAGCAUUACGGCCAGUUCACCUGCGAGGGCUGCAAAAGCUUCUUUAAACGCUCGGUGAGGCGGAACCUCACGUACACCUGCCGGGGGAACCGAGACUGUCCCAUCGACCAACACCACCGGAACCAGUGUCAGUACUGCCGGCUGAAGAAGUGCCUCAAAGUCGGCAUGAGGAGAGAAGCAGUACAACGAGGACGCACAUCGAACUCCCAGAGCAGCCCGGGCCAGUACCUGACCAACGGCACCGACCCCUACAACGGCCAGCCCUACCUGUCCGGCUUCAUUUCCCUGCUGCUGCGCGCCGAGCCCUACCCCACGUCCCGCUACGGCGCCCAGUGCAUGCAGGGCAACAACCUGAUGGGCAUCGAGAACAUCUGCGAGCUGGCGGCCCGGCUGCUGUUCAGCGCCGUGGAGUGGGCCAAGAACAUCCCCUUCUUCCCCGACCUGCAGCUCAUGGAUCAGGUGGCGUUGCUGCGCAUGUCGUGGAGCGAGCUCUUCGUCCUGAACGCCGCCCAGUGCUCCAUGCCGCUCCACGUCGCCCCCCUGCUGGCGGCGGCCGGCCUGCACGCCUCGCCCAUGUCGGCGGAGCGCGUUGUGGCCUUCAUGGACCACAUCCGAGUCUUCCAGGAGCAGGUGGAGAAGCUGAAGGCCCUGCAGGUCGACACGGCCGAGUACUCCUGCCUCAAGUCCAUCGUGCUCUUCACAUCCGAUGCCAUGGGCUUGUCAGACGUGGCCCACGUGGAGAGCAUCCAGGAGAAGUCGCAGUGCGCCCUGGAGGAGUACGUGAGGAACCAGUACCCCAGCCAGCCCAACCGCUUCGGCCGCCUCCUCCUGCGCCUGCCCUCCCUGCGCAUCGUCUCCUCCCCGGUCAUCGAGCAGCUGUUCUUCGUGCGCCUGGUGGGGAAGACGCCCAUCGAGACGCUGCUCCGCGACAUGCUGCUGUCGGGCUCCAGCUACAACUGGCCCUACAUGCCCACGGUGCAGCGCGAGAGGCCCAUCUCCCUCCACUACAACGAGAACGGGCCCUGAAGAGGAGGCGGCCGACGACGACCGAGGAGGAGGAGGAGGAAGAGGAGCUGCAGGCUGAAAAGUUCAGGGCUGAACGUUGAACUGGUCCCGUCCUCCACUCCCCCCCCCCUCUCCCCCGUCAACCUCUCAGCCGUCACCAUUCCGCUCUUAAGACUGACAACAAGAUACGUCCCGGUUACACAAGCCAGCCAAUCAGUUCACAGUUGCCGUUCCCAGAGACUCGGUGGCCCGCGUGCAGCCCCUCAGAACUUUGAGGUGAGGCGUUGAGAUGGACAGGUUGGUUGAAUGGGUUAUUGCGCAGUUCACCAGCAGGUCUGUUGGACUACCUUCAGAUGUCAAAACGUUUCGGUGCUGAGCCGCCGCCGCCGCCGCCGCCGGAGGCCGUGGUGAAUCCAGACUCUACGUGGAGCCAAGAGAGCACAAGGCCUGCUGUAUAUUCACCGACUAUUUUUUUUUUGAAAAGAAAACCAGAAGCCAUUAAGAAAAAAAAAAAAAAAAGAUAAAAAAAGACAAAUGCCAAAAUGUCUUUUGCAGAGGACGUGUUUUAUUGUGUGUGUUUGUAUUAGCACUGUUUAUAUGGAGAGAGGAAAAAAAAAAAAGAUGAUGAUUGUGUCCAUAUGUACAGUUUAUCAUUGAUUCAUAGGCAUCUACGGCUUAUUAGGGUUCAGUGGGAGAAGCUCAGGUUCAGAGGGAGGGAACACGCUCACACAACGACAACAAGACAAACCCAGCAAACUUUACACUUAUCAGCGUCGAGCUGUGCCAAAGCUGAGACAUGCAAACUCUUUGGAAUAUUUUUUUUUUUUUUUGUGGUAGUGUUGCUGAUGAAAAUUGAAACAUUUGGUCGUUGAUAAUAAUUUUUUUCGGGGUCUCAGGGGGGAGGUUUAUAAGAGAAGGAGGUUUGUAAAAAAAAUAAAUAAAAAUAAUAAUAAUAAU